UGCAGCUCCCUGGUUGCAGGGAGCUCAUUUGAGUGCCCCCCGCUCCCCGGAGAUGCGCCGGGAUGGGGGUCCCCGGUGCCCGGCGGUGCUGCUGUGCCUGGUGCUGCUGGCCGCGACCGGCGGCCGAGGAUCCCCGAACUGCCGGGAACAAGCCGUGUCUGCCGGGGGAACGCUGCAGCUUCUGCUGGGGAAACCCCCGAAGGGGUGGGUGAGGGUUGAGUGGAGAGCGAAACUGGAUUUGGGAUACCAGCACCGGAUCCUGACAGCUGAGCAUAAUCAGUCUGUCGAGUUUUCCAUGAGUCCUUUUUCUGGGAGAACUGAAUUCCAGCAGGAAAACUUCUCCCUGCGGAUCAGCCCGGUUAGCACGGCAGACAGUGGAGAGUAUCGGGCAGAUUUUGAGGACUCCUCAGGCGCUGUCACUGACCAGUGCUUCCACGUGUCGGUGUGGGAGCCCGUCCACCGGCCACACCUGGACGCGCGCAUCCUGCACCGGGAGCAGGACCGGUGCAACCUCUCGCUGGUCUGCACCGUGCCCGGUGCCGGCGAUGUCUCCUACAGCUGGUCCUGUGGUGGGGAUCCCCCGGGAACCCCGCAGCCCCAGUCCCGGCUGCAGCUGCAGGUCCGCGGGGACACCGACCCCACCGUCUGCCGCUGCAACGUGAGCAACCCGGUGAGCUGGGACACGGCCAGCACCGACAUCGUGGCAGCCUGCCGUGCUGCGGCCUCAGGGCUUUUCAGUAUGAUUCCACAGUGGGCAGUGGCCUUGGCCCUGGGGCUGGCACUGGCCACCUCCAUAGCCCUCGCUGUCUCCUGUUACUGGUGGAAGAAGCGGAGGAAGGACCCCUCAGGACACGUCGAGCAGCCACUGACUGUCUAUGAGGAGGUGGGCAAAACCCGAACCAACCGAGACCCCAAUGGCACCAGUGAAGCCACCGUGGGAGGAAACACCAUCUACGCUGUCGUCUGUAACAAGGCUCAGGGACCCAGAUGCUCUCAGGAGCCCGAAAGCUGCACCAUCUACUCCACGGUUCAGCCCAGCAGGAGGUCUCCUUCUCUCAGGAGGAAGAGGCUGGACCGAGCUUUGGUUUCCACUGCCUACGUAGAGGUAACGGGCACCGGAACGGCUACGGGGGGUUCUAGACACUGGUGCCCACCGUUGCAGACCUCACCUUUGGCUUCUGCCAGCCAUCACCUCUCCUAGUGCCCUGGUUGUCUUGGCAAGACCUGCCCUUCCCUUCGGGCCUCUUCUCCCGGAGCACCCAGAGACCUCCAGCACCCACUGGGAUCCCACCCAGCAAAGCCAAGGGCUCGCUCGGGAUGGAAACGGUCAGACACGGGUUUCUGCAAGGCUGCGAAACCCCAGCUGCGCCUUGGAGGCUUUCCUGCGAGGGAAGGGGGAAGGACUCGGCGAUGGGAACCUGCCUUCGGAGGAGAUGGAUGUGAAAUUGGACCGGCGGGGUUGUGGCGGGGAGAGGAUAUGUGAUGUGCGUGUGAUCUGGGGGGGUUUUUUAGGUCUUGACAGGUUCGAUACACCUCUGGAAUUUAUUUUUUAGGUGUGAAUAUAAGCUGAACUGCAUGAGGCAAUUGUGGUGCUUGUUUAAUUAGCUUAACUGGCUGUUUAUAGCCUGAAAUGUACCUUGAGCAUGGGGAGGGAGUGGGAAUUGCCUUGUUUGUCGCUCAGGAGCCUCUGAAGUGAUCGCAGCCUCGUGCGGAGAUGUGCUUUGCAGAGGUUGUUGAGUGU